ACUCCAACCCCCACGGGGGGACCAGUUCUCUGGACCCUGAAGGUUCUGCAGCAGUCUGUUUACUUUAUAGAGCAGCAGAACCUCUGAUUAUCACUUAAAGGAGGCUUUUUAAAAUUUUUUUUUAUUUAAUUUUGUUUUGUUUUGCUUUGUUUAUUAAAGAAUACUUCCUCUGAGAACAUGGCCAACUCUGGCAUCCAGCUGCUGGGCUUCUUCUUGUCUCUGACCGGUAUCGUGGGUCUGAUCAUCGGAACCAUCCUGCCUCAGUGGAAGAUGUCUGCCUACAUCGGGGACAACAUCAUCACCGCCGUGGCCAUGUACCAGGGGCUGUGGAUGUCCUGCGCCUUCCAGAGCACCGGGCAGCUGCAGUGUAAGAUCUACGACUCCAUCCUGCAGCUGGACAGUUCUCUUCAGGCCACUCGGGCCUUGAUGAUCGUCGGCAUCAUCGUGUCCCUCUCGGGCCUGGGCGUGGCCUGCAUGGGGAUGAAAUGCACAACCUGUGGAGGGAGCGACAAACUGCGCAAGUCCCGCGUGGCCAUGACAGGAGGCAUCAUCCUUCUAGUCGGAGGUCUGUGUGCCAUCGUGGCGUGCUCCUGGUUCGCCCACAACGUCAUCAGAGCGUUCUACAACCCGUACACUCCGGUCAACACCAAGUUUGAGUUUGGCGCCGCCAUCUUCAUCGCGUGGGGCGGAUCCCUCCUGGACGUUCUGGGCGGAGCCAUGCUGGCGGCCUCCUGUCCGAGGAAGAAGCAGGUCUCCAAGUACCCCCCGGCUUCCCGCACGGGCCCCCCGAGCAGCACCAAGGAGUACGUCUGAGGUCCGCCCAACCGGCUGAGACGGACUUUGAACAAAACAAAAACCCAGGAGCUGAGGAGGAAGUUCUCCCACCGCCGCGGCGUCAGAGGAGCCGAACCGAAAAGACUUUGA